AUGUCCUGUUUUGUGAUUCCUGUUAGCAUCUGCAAGGAGAUUUGCCAAUUGAUAUCUAAAUUUUGGUGGAGAAAGGGUGGUGAUAAAGAGAAGGGUAUGCAUUGGCUUUCAUGGGACAAGCUUGCUAUGCCUAAACUUGAGGGUGGGGCCUCUUGGCUUUGGUCUUCCUGGGCUUCUUACCUUCCUGACUUGCAGAAACAUAUUAAAAUUACCAUCAGAAAUGGCAAGAGUACAAGGCUCAAUGAUCCAAAUUGGGUGCCUGGUCUGAACAGAGGCAGUCCUGAGCUUAAGGUGGGCUGGUGGUAUGUACUGGGAUGGAAAUCUUAUUAG